AUGCUGUACCCUAUUAUACCUUCUAAAUCAUGGGCUGAAUGGAAAGAAAUACUUCAUGGAUUUUGGCCUGGAAAGCCACAAUUCACUGAAAAGGACUACCCGGACCUCGAGGGCAAGGUUGUUCUCAUUACCGGAGGUAAUACUGGUAUUGGCUAUGAAACCGCAAAGUCGUUGGCUGGCUCAACAAAAGCCAAGAUCUAUAUCUUGUCUAGAAAUAAAGAAAAAACUUUGGAUGCUAUUAAGAAAAUUCAACUUGAAGUUGCUAAGGAGUAUAAUGUUGUCAACAGAGAUCUUGAGUUUAUACAAGUUGACUUGAGUGACUUGUCAACAAUCAAAAAAGCCGUUGAUGAGUUUCUUGCCAAGGAGAAAAGACUCGAUAUUAUCAUUCACAAUGCAGGAAUUAUGCACCCUCCAUUUGGCUCCAAGAGUAAGCAAGGCUACGAAUUGCUGUUGGGCACAAAUGCUCUCGGACACCACCUUUUGCAGCGUUUACUUGACCCGAUAUUUGUGAAAACUUCUGAAACAAACAAACCUGGAGAGUCAAGAAUCGUCUGGGUCAGUUCAAGUGCCAACUUUUUGGCACCAAAAGGCGGUGUUUUUUGGGAAGACAUCAAUUUUGAAAACGUUUCUGAUGGAAAGAUAAUAAAGGCAAACAUUUAUGGACAAAGUAAAGCAAUUAAUAUCAUUCAAGCCAAAACAUGGUCCAGAAAACAUUCUGCACCUAAUGUGAUUAGCAGCUCCAUUUGUCCCGGAUAUCUCAGAACCGAGUUGCAAAGAUAUAGCAAUCCCAUUGAACACUUUUUCACGUAUUUGCUUACUUAUCCUUCUAGAAAUGGAGCAUAUACGGAGUUGUAUGCCGCUUUAUCUCCUGAUGUAAAAGAUGGGCAACACAGUAUAUCAUUUGGGGUUCCUGGGAUCGCAAGGGCUGACUUGAGAGAUGAAAAUACCCAGAACAAAGUCUGGGAUUGGCUCGAUGAACAAACCGAGCCAUAUCUUUAG